AUGGUCGAAGCAACCCCGCCUCACGUUGUCGUGAAGUCUUGUCUUGCCGACACACUAGACAAGUCUUCACAAAUAGCUCCACGUCCUUAUCCAUCUUUGGCCAAUAAUAAGUCUGGGACAACAAAGCUAGCAUCCUCUCCCUUCCAGGAUGUCCAACCCACCGCGGAUCAUGUGUCUCCGACAUCAAGAAUUUUCGCAGCCUUCCCUUUGGCACAAAGAUUCAACCUCCUUUUGCAUAUGGAGAUCAUUGUCCAGCCAAUAUCUCUACACUAUCCCUUCUCGUACAAGACCAGCCUAACUUCUUGUACGAUUCAUCCUCCUUGGCGACUCGGUGAAGUCGUUCAACCAUGUCCGACUCCACUCGUACAAGGGAAAAAAGGUAGCAAGCACCUCAUGCCUCGCUUAGUGCAUCGGCAACUUGAUUAUGUCGUCCCGGCUUCGUGCUCCCACACAAAGUCAUACUCGCCUAGAAACUCUUGCCAUCGAGCUUGCCUCCGAGAUAGCUUCUUCGUGUCUUAA